CAGAGCGUUGGCAGGACAUGAUGUCUAUCGGGCGAGAUUUCCUGGAACUCAAGCAUACGCAAGAAGGCAUUGUCUGAGGAGAAUGCCUUCUAUGCUGACUGUCUUGUUGGGUGGCCGGCUGUAGGCGCCCACGAACUGCUCAGGACAACGCUCGUGCGCGAGCUGGACCGCUCUCUCAUCGCCAACAAGACGCAUGUGAAGGAACGCAAGGCCGGUGGUCGCAAUGCCCGUCUCCUACUAAAUAAAGGACUGUGCGUCGGGAUCGGAUCCUUGCUCCACGUUUUGAACACAACCAGCUUCGUCUCAGGUAAGCAGACGCCUAAAAUUUGAUGACAGGCGUGCCAUUUCAUUAAGCUCAGCCCACCGCACCCCUACCGGCUCUCCACUCUAUUCUCCGGACUUCUGACUUCACCAAGCAAUCUGUUUCUACUUUCGAUCACUCGGCUAUGCCGUGUCACUCAGGGAACUGCCCAUUUGCGUACCUGCGGUCAUCCUCGCCGCGAUGCCCUUGGAUGCCGUACCUCAUCAUCUGCAUGCGGCAUGCCUCGCUGCGGCCGAGUGAUCAUGUCCGAUAAAACUGAUGCCCACCCCGGCCCUGCCCACCUGAGACCUACGCUGGACGUACAUCUCUGUCUCUGUGGACUUCUUUGAAGAGAUUCCACUAUCCAUCGAGUCGACAUCUGGACCACCUCCACACUGGGAAGGAUACCAUCAUGGCUCAAGUCAAGUCGCCGGCUGAGCACAUGCUCGCCAGCGCUACUGGAUCGUCCUCGCAGGUCAAUGUCAUAGAUCCUCUCACCGGAACAACAGCUGCGACGUCGGUUUUUCAGCAGCCGAAAUUCGUCUUCAUCUUCUUGCUCGUCAUCUCUUUGGUCAUUGCCAGAGUAUUCAACAGCAAGAACAGACUCCCCGCUGGAGUGAAGCCACUUCCGCGACUACCAGGUCUACCAUACGCCGGCCGCUUUUGGGAUGUUCCAGGACCAGGUAUCGAAGCAGCAUGGCACUUUGGCGGUCUCCACAAGCAAUAUGGCCCAAUCUACGAGUGGAAGGUGAUGGGAGUCAUUCACAUCUGGAUCGAAUCCGACAAGAUUGCCAGAGAUCUUUUCGUCACACGCCAGAAGAACUACUGUGAUCGCAACGAACUUCCAGCCGCGAUCGGCGUGCGCGAGGGUGCUGAGAUUCUGCCACUGAUGGGUUACGGCGAGAAGUUCCGAAGAUAUAAGAACUUCAUGCAUCUCAUCAUGAGGCAUGCUACUCCAAAGACGUUCUACAAUUGGCCCAGCCAAGAGAACAAGAGAACGCUUCGAAGAGUGCUGCAAGAGCCAGAACGCUGGUCGGAACAUAUGCUUGUGCACUGCGCGCGGACCAUUGCCGGUGUCGCCUGGGCUGACCCUCAGCACGGAAGCAAGUUGCUGAAGAUCAUCCCUGUGAUUCUCAAGGCCGUGUCUCCAGCCGGGCCUGUGAUCAACAAGCUGACUUUCCUGGCCAACCUGCCCGAGUCUGUUUCUCCUUGGAAGAAGGCGGAGUCAGAGCGUAGGCAGGAGAUGACAGACGCUUUUGUCGAGGCCUUGAAAGAUGUAGAAAGGAGGACCAACGAGGGCAACUGUGAGGACUGCUGGAGUAAGCUCUGGACGACCAAGGAGAAGGGUACAGAGCAUCUGGACGACUACGAAGCAGCACACGCCAUUGGAUCCUCAUCAUUCGUCGCCAUCGCCACUGUUGGAGGACCACUUCACGCAUUCUUUACGGCAAUGUGCCACUACCCAUCCUGGCAAGGGAAGGUCGUCGAAGAGAUCGACCGCGUCUGCGGCAACCGCCCACCUGAGAUGUCUGAUAUGCCAAAUCUCCCGCGCCUGCGAGCAACUGUCAAGGAAAUCGUCCGAUGGCGACAAGCCACGCCUCUUGGUGUCCCUCACGUUGUGAUGGAAGACGAUGUUUACGAAGGCUACCACAUCCCCAAGGGCGCGAUUUGCCACGCAAACCACUACCUCAUCUCCCGCGAAGAAUCCGUCUACCCCUCCGGCAACGAAUUCAUCCCCGAACGCUGGCUCGACCCCUCCUAUCCAACCUAUAAAGAACCCCUAACCGAAUUUCCCAACCUCAACGGCGACCGCGGCUUCGGCUACGGCAACCGUUCCUGCCCCGGCGUCGACCUCACCCAAUGCGAACUCCUCGGAUUGAUCGGCCACCUCAUCUGGGCCUUCGAAAUCAAACGACCAGAGGGCAAACACGCCGCAGAGAACCCUGUACCUUGGUACGAGACUGCUCCUUGGGUCAUCACGAUGAGUAAGCCAUUUAAAUGUGAUGUUAAGGUGAGGAGUGAGGAGAAGAGAAGGUGGAUUGAAGAGUUUGCGCCUGAGGGUGGGCAGUUGAUUAAGGAUUCGGAGAAGGAGAGGACGAGUCGGUGGGAUGUUGUGAGGAAGCCGGGGCAGGAACAUUUUAAUUGGGAUGGGUUGACGGAUUUGGCUACGGGGCAUGAGGGGAAGGUUUAUGCUCCUGGUGUUUAGAGAUGAGAUAAAGUGAUACAGGAAUCUUUAUGUAAUGACCUAUGCUGGUGUUGUUGUGUGUACUGGUAAUGAUCCGGAGUUGAUCCGGGCCUGUCAGCGCUUGUUUGUGGUCUGCAAAUUUCUUUUUGGAGCGUUGGUGGGUGGGCAUUGGGCUAGGGGUUGCAGGGGAUGAAGCGCGGA